GGACAGCCCGGUCCCCGCUCCUCCCCGGCAGGGCGGGACCGCACCCGCGCCCGCCUCGGUCACGGGGCCGCGGGCAGCCAUGCCCGGCCGCCUGCUGCGGGGCCUGUGGCAGCGGUGGAGCCGUUACAAGUACCGCUUCGUUCCCUGGAUCGCGCUGAAUCUGAGCCACAACCCGAGGACCCUUCGAUAUGUUCCAGAGGAAUCCAAAGACAAAGUUAUCUCAGAUGAAGAUGUCCUAGAAACAUUACUGGAAGUUUUCCAGGCUUUAUUCUUAAACGAUCUCAAUAAACAAUCGGACAUCUUGACCCUACUUCCACAAUCUGUUAAGUCAAAAUAUCAAGAUCUACUGGCACUUCAGCAUCACAGGGUGAAUCUGCUUGAAAAUAGACAUCAACUGCAAAAUAUUUUUAAACCAGAAGAAAUUCUUUAUAAGACAUUGGGUUUCAGUGUUGCCCGAGCAACUAGCUCGCUGAUUUCUGCAGGAAGAGGUGUCUUCGUUACUAAAGGCUUGGUACCAAAAGGCGCAGUUGUGUCUAUGUAUCCUGGUACAGUAUAUCAGAAGUAUGAGCCGAUCUUUUUCCAGUCCAUUGGAAACCCAUUUAUUUUUAGAUGCCUGGAUGGAACACUCAUUGAUGGAAAUGACAAAGGAAUAUCAAAAGUUGUAUACAGAUCUUGCAGUGGAAGAGAUCGGCUUGGCCCUUUAAAAAUGAGUGAUGCUACAUGGCUAACAUCAGAAAUUCAUAAUCCACUGGCUAUUGGACAGUAUGUCAACAAUUGUUCAAAUGACAGAGCAGCUAAUGUCUGUUACCAGGAAUUUGAAGUGCCUGCAGUUUUCCCUAUAGAACUAAAGCAGUAUCUUCCAAACAUUGCCUACAGCUAUGACACACAAAGCCCACUUCGAUGUGUUGUUCUUGUUGCAUUGAGAGACAUCAAGCAAGGAGAAGAGCUGUUUUCAAACUACUACACAAUUGUCAGCUAGUUUGGUGAAUUAGAAAUUAGGUUUUCCACUUAGCUACCAUAUUGAGUUAACUCUAAAAGGUUCUUUUGUAAAUCAUUUUGAAUUUCACCUGCUGAAUAAAUAUUUUGGAACUUAAUUGAAAUAAGAA